AUGCCUGAAUCGACUUUGGAGAAGAAAAAGACGCCCAAGGCUUGUGAUGUGUGUCGUGCAAGGAAGGUGAAGUGUGAUGGGCGUGAGCCGUGCUCGAAAUGUAUUAAGAACCAGCAAGAAUGUACAUACAAUUACCGUUUUAAGGAACGGGUUAGACGCAAGGGGACCAACAGUAUCAACAUGGACCCUCAACCUAAAAGAAAGAGAGGGAGGCCGAAGAAGAACCAAUCAAUAGAUAUGCCUAAUAAAAGUGCUUCUCUGGAUGAUAUUUUCAUUCCGUCGACAUCAGCCACACCGUUUUUACCAGCAGCAACCUCAACAACAAUGGUACAAACACCAUCAACAAUAGUACACACACCUUCAUCAAUGCCAGCGCCACCUGUACCGCCAAUAAUCAACCCAACGUCUCUGUCAACAUGUAUGCCUCAUCCAAGCCCGCCGUUGAUUCAAAGUAACAACAAUGAGAGUCAUGAUAGUCAUCUCAACGAAAGUAAUUCCCGCUUAUUUUCGAAUGUAAGCCCUGGAGCUAUCAGUCAUACGUAUAAUAUGAAUCCAUCGCAAUCUACAGCACCACGUCAGCCAACAAUGGAAGAUAGGUUAUCGAAACUGGAAUCGAUGCUACAUUCACUUUUGGAGAGAAUAAAUCCUGCUAGUUCUCCUUCAAAUUCCAACAAUUUGUUAAAUUAUGGGAAGUCUGAUUCGUAUACUCCGCAAAAUGCCUUUAAUAAUGGUGCAGAGAAAGAAACUGAGACACCGAUGUGGAAUGGGUUGUUUCUACACACGGCGGUCUUUUUUUUGUCGAAAGUUGGUUUGAUGGUAUUAGAGAAAAGAAUGGAAAGACCAGAAGUCUUGAAGCCUUUGAAACUGGUUUUACAGUUAUACUCGCCAUUCGAGAAGAAGCUAUUAUCUAAAUGGACAACACCAAUACUCAGUGAAUUCUUGACCCCAUUACCUAGUCGAAAUGAUAUUGAAUGUUUGAUGCAAUUUUUGAAAAUGCGUAUAUUUUAUCAUAAAACUAUUGAUUUGGAAUAUCUUGACUAUUUGUAUAAGUGCUAUUGUGAUUGUCGUGAUGGGUUGAUUCCAGAGCCAAACUUUUCAUAUUCUGAUUACUUCUUCAUGAAUUCAUGUUUGCUAACAGCGUCACUUUACGCUUUAGAAAUCAGAGAGUUUAAAUUUAAUAUUACAAUGCAGUUCCCAAGUAUUGACUUGCGGACUCUUGUUGAAAAAUUACGUGAUAAUGCUCUAUUCUACUACAACAAAACUUUAAUUAUCUCUGGUGGGUUGAAUUCAAUUACGAGUUGUUUGCUUCUGGCAGAAUAUGCGGAUUUCACCUCCUCAUCACGUGCAGCAUAUACCAUUUCAAAUACAGCAAUAAGGCACGCCCAAGAUUUGGGUUUACAUUUAGAGAACACUUACCGUGGCCUCAAUCCAAAGGAAAAAGUCUUAAGGCUUAAUGUGUGGUGGGCAUGUUAUGCUAUCGACAAGGAAAUGUGUAUAAGGUGGGGACAGCCUCCUGUUCUCAGUGAUCGGGAUAUCAGUGCUCCUCCAUUAUCCGGUUUUGAGCCAUUCUGGUCCUCAAAUGUGAGUUCAAAAAAGAGGAGUAAGCGAUUUGUGCAUGGAUUGGAGAUCAAGUCUACAUUAGAGUCUCUGUCGGGAAAUAUGUAUGAUAUUACUGUUAUGGAGCAGUUUGUCACGACUGAUUACGCUUUGCUAAUUUCUAAAAUUCAUAGUUCUUUCCUACAAGCAAACUCCUUAAAGCAUCUAUCCAAUAAAGAUGUUUCACUGCUAAAGGACUCUCUUUUAAAUGAACUCGAGUGUUGGAGAAAUAACAUACCUGAGGAACUUCGACCAAAAUCAGAUAGUGACGAGGAUUAUACUAAGUUUUUCAAGUAUAUCAACCAACUAAGGGAAUCAACCGACUUGCUAUCAGCGUUCAAAAUGAUUUUCUGCACAAUAUGUUUUGUCAGGUACCAUCAUGUUAAGAAUGUUAUUUUCCACAGCUAUAUUAAUUACUAUUACGUAAAUCAUGAUGACGAGAUUAUGUGUCAUGAGAGUUUAAAGGAAAUCACUGCAAGCUCAAGGGCAAUCUUGAAAAUCGCAUGUUAUGUCGAUACAUCAUGUGCAAGCUAUUCAAAUUAUUUUGUUUUUUAUCCAUUUAAUGCGUUUUUAACAAUCUGUGGCUAUUAUAUUCAUCUGGAUGAAAAACCUUUGAAAAAUGUUAUUGAAUCUGAUCUUCAGUUAUUAAGUGAUUGUAUCAAAUACCACGUCUUGCCGUACAUUGAAACCUUCAGGAUAAGUGAAAACGGCAGAAUUAUUGAAUAUGUCUUUAAAUGUAUGUUAUAUGCCACCUAUGAGACAUGCUUGACGAGAUUUGGUGAUCUAGAUUUUAGCAUUGAGGGCUUGGAUGUUUUUCAGGAAAUUCCAAAGUUAGCUGAAGACGAAAAUAGUUUAAAGAGUCUAAUAACUGAAUCUGGUACAGUGAAGGAAGAUGAACGUCCGUUUGUAAAAAUGCCAUAUUUUGAGCGUCCAAAAUUUCAAACGUUGAAUGACAGAACACCGAGUGUUCCAUUCCUUUUGAGUCCCAAUUGUCCAAAGGCUAUACCUGGAUUCAAGGAUCCCAUUGUUGAUAAUGAUGGAGAUGGUGUGUUUUACGACAUGAUGAAUAUCCCCAACUAUUUCCUGGAUUAUAUUGACAGAUACCCAACAACUCCUAAUUUCCAAUGA